AUGGCCCUUUUUCGCAAAAUUUUCUACCGUAAGCCGCCUGAUGGGCUUUUGGAGAUCUCAGACAGAGUAUUUGUCUUCGAUUGCUGCUUUACCACUGAUGUGUUGGAGGAUGAUGACUAUAAUGUGUAUAUUGGAGGCAUAGUGGGUCAACUCCAUGAGUGCUUCCCUGAUGCUUCAUACAUGGUGUUUAACUUCGGAAAGGGAGGUGAACAACAAAGCCAGAUUUCCGAUAUACUAUCCCAGUUUGACAUGACUGUGAUGGACUAUCCUCGUCAGUAUGAAAAUUGCCCGUUACUCCCCAUGGAAAUGAUCCACCACUUUUUGAGAUCGAGCGAAAAUUGGCUUUCACUCGGGAAAAUGAACGUGCUCUUGAUGCAUUGUGACAAUGGUGGGUUGCCAAUUCUGGUUUUCAUGCUGGCUGCCCUCUUGAUUUAUCGGAAGCAAUACACCGGGGAAAAGAAAACUUUAGACAUGAUAUACAAGCAAGCACCAUUUCAACUUUUGCAAUUGUUGUCACCUCUAAAUCCAUUGCCUUCACAACUGAGGUAUUUACAAUAUGUCUCAAGAAGGAAUGUGGGCUCACAAUGGCCUCCGCUGGAUAGGGCAUUGACAUUGGAUUGCAUUAUCCUUAGACUCAUUCCUAAUAUGGAUGGAGAGGGGGGUUGCCGUCCGAUAUUUAGGAUAUAUGGACAGGAUCCUUUUAUGGCUGCUGAUCGGACUACCAAGGUGCUUUUCUCUACGCCCAAACAGAGUGGAGCUGUGCGGCAUUUCAAGCAGGCAAACUGUGAACUUGUUAAAAUUGAUAUCAAUUGCCAUGUACAAGGUGAUGUUGUGCUUGAGUGUAUUACAUUGGAUGGUUAUCUAGAUCAUGAAGAAAUGAUGUUUCGGGUAAUGUUCAACACGGCAUUUAUCCCAUCAAAUAUAUUGAUGCUUAACCGUGAUGAAAUUGAUAUCCUAUGGGACAUCAAGGAUCGAUUUCCAAAGGACUUCACUGCAGAGUUUCUUUUCUCAGAUAUGGAUUCCUCUUCUUCAUUGGCCGGGCUUGAUUUAGCCAGUGUUGAAGACAAGGAAGGCCUCCCUAUUGAAGCUUUUGCGAAAAUUCAAGAGAUUUUUAACAGUGUGGAUUGGCUGGAACCAAAAACAGAAGCUGCACUAAAUAUGCUUGAAACCGAAAUUCUCCAAGAAAAAUUGGAGAUUGUUCCUCUGCCCAUUGCUAGAAAAGAAAACUUGGAGAAUGGAUUCACACCAAGUGAGAAAAAUGAACUACUGGAGAGUGCACUUCUCCGGGCUGCUAUAGAAAAAAAGCUGAAGUGUGGUUUUAUUCAAAGAAUUAAUGAAGAGAAAUUGGAGAUUGCCUCUCCCCAGAGUGUGCAAAAGGAAAUUGUUAGUGUUUCUUCUAAUGGUGUUAAAUAUGUUGGGUUGCAGGAAAUGAGUCAUGCCAUAGAUGAAGAGACUAAAAAAUCAAAAGAAUUUGAAAAUGACAUUAAAAGUUCUGUGCAUGCAAUGCCAAGUGAAACACCUUUGGCAUCUUCUAAAUCAUCUCUGGAUUUGAACUUGAUUACAAAGAAGAUUGAGUCCCAAGAAGUACAGGUUUCUGUUCAAAGGCGUCGUGAAUCCAACAUCAUUUCUCCACAAAUUUCUCGAAGUUCAAAAUCUAAUCCAGCUACGUAUUCUAGUUCCUUGCAAGGUUCACCUGUAGCACUUUCCAGAUUUCACAGUGCACCCUCAAUACUUGGGAUUACAGAACUACUGCACGAUCAAGUCACCCAUUCGGUUACUCCACUAGUUUCUAUUUCAGCAUCUGUUCCAAGUAUAUUGAAGCCAGCACAACUCAAUAGUUCCUCGGUGCCUCUGCCAUGCACACCACUUCCUUCAGGGCAGCUUUCUUUUAAUUCUGAAAUGGUAACAAAAGCAUCCCUUCCUCCUCCUCCUCCUCUACCACCAUCACUAACUCAAUCGAUGCUGUCAACACAAUCAACACCAGGACCGCUGCAGCCACCAACAUCAUCUCAACCACAGCUAAAGUCACCACCACUACCGCUACAAUCUGCUUGUCACUUAUCUUCUUCACAACUGUCUCAAACUUUCUCUUGCCAAGUGCCUCCAUCGUCAUCAUUGCAGCCAUCACCACUGGUGCCGCCAGCACCAUGGUCACUGCUGCAAUCAACACAACCACAGUCACUGCCUCCACCGCCGCCGCCACUAAAGUCUUCUUGUCACUUAUCCCCUUCAGAUCCAUCUAAUACAUUUACCGGAGACACUAAACUAUCAGGGCAGACUGAACAACAGUUGCAUCUCGAUCUUCAUCUGCCACCUCCUCUAUUUUCUGCCUCCAUCUCAUCUUUGUCUUCCAAAUUAAAUCCUGUUUCUAUACCCUUUCCACCUCCUCUGCCUCCCUUCUCGGGAACAGCUUUGCCUUCCUCUCUUAGGAACCUGCUUCCAGCUCCUUCCCUUCCCUCCCCUGCUCCACAUCACGUGGGAAAAGUUGGUUCUCCCUCUUUUAGGAACCAACCAUCAGCUCCUUCCCCUCCUCUACCUCCCUCUCUUCAGAAUACACCUCCUCCUCCGCCACCUCCUCCACCCCCUUCCUUCUCAGCAGCAGAUACUCUUCACUCUCUUCAGAACAUAUCAUCAGCUCCUUCCCUUCCUCCACCGUUCUCAGUAACAGCUGCAUCUCCCUCUAUUAAGAACCAAUUAUCAGCUCCUUCACCCCCUUUCUUAGGAACAGUUGAACGCCCCUUGCCUAGGAAACAGUCAACAGCUCCUUUGCCUCCUCCCCCUCCCCCUCCUCCACUUCGUUUCUCAGGGACAGAUGGAUCUCUCUCUCAAAGGAAACCAUCAUCAGGUCCUAUUCCUCCCCUCUCUCCACCUUUUCUCUCCCAAACAAAUGUACCUCCCACUCUUAGGAACACGUCAUUAGCGCCCCCCCAUCCACCACCACCACCACCACCACCACCUCCAUCUUCAUCAAGUGGGUCAACUGUACAGAACUCAUCCACUUGUUACCUUCCUCCACCACAUUCAUUAUCUAGGACUACUUUUUCAACUACCUCUCAAGAUUCGUUCCUGCUCCGAGCAAAAGAGUCUGCAUUACCUGCUACCCCACCUCCACCUUCUCCAACUCUAUGUUCAGAAACAACUGUACUUUCCACCAUUAGAUCUUCAGCAGCACCACCAGCACCUCCUCCACCUCCAUGUCCAGGACCAACCACAGUUUCCACCAUUAGAUCUUCAACAGCACCACAAGCACCUCGUCCUCCUAGUUCCAUUCAGAAGGAAGCCAUCGCGAGAAAUUGUCAAAAUGUUCCGCCUGUUCCUCCUCCGCCAGCUCCACUUUCCAAUGGCUUAUCAAUUGCUGGCAGUGCUUCUUCACAGUCUAAUUCUGCUACCAACAACAAAAGCAUACCUGCACCUCCAUUUUGUACGAAGGGAAGGUUGCCAAUGCGUGCCAGUACAAAAAUUCAAGGUCAAGGAAGAAAGGCAUCCCUCAAGCCAUAUCACUGGUUGAAGUUAACAAGGGCCAUCCAGGGGAGUCUAUGGGCUGAUGCUCAAAAACCAGAGGAGGCUUCAAAAGCUCCUGAGUUGGAUAUGUCUGAACUUGAGAGUCUUUUCUCGGCCUGUGCUCCAAAUUCAAGUCAUGGAGGUGCCAGAGGAAAAACAAAUCGGCUUACCUCCGGACUCAAAUCUGAUAAAGUGCAUCUGAUUGAACUAAGAAGGGCAUACAAUUGUGAAAUCAUGCUGACAAAAGUUAAAGUUCCUAUGUCAGAUUUGACGAAUUCAAUCCUUACUAUGGAUGACUCAGCAUUGGACAUCGAUCAGGUUGAUAAUCUUAUAAAAUUUUGUCCAACGAAAGAAGAAAUGGAACUUCUCAAGAACUACAAUUUGGACAAGGAGAACCUUGGAAAAUGUGAACAGUUUUUCUUGGAGUUAAUGAAAGUCCCAAGGGUAGAGUCCAAGCUAAGAGUUUUCUCAUUUAAAAUUCAAUUUUGUUCCCAGGUUUCUGAGUUGAGAAAUAGUUUAAAUAUCGUGAAUUCUGCAUCUGAAGAGGUCAGGAAUUCUAUCAAGCUGAAAAGAAUCAUGCAAACGAUUCUUUCACUGGGUAAUGCUUUGAAUCAUGGAACGGCGAGGGGUUCUGCUGUUGGAUUUCGCCUGGAUAGUCUUCUGAAACUUACUGAAACACGAGCACGUAACAACAAGCUGACGCUCAUGCACUAUCUGUGCAAGGUGCUUGCUGAAAAAUUGCCUGAAGUCUUGGAUUUUCAGAAAGACCUUGAAAAUUUGGAGGCGGCAACAAAGAUUCAAUUGAAGUAUUUGGCGGAGGAAAUGCAAGCCUUUAGCAAAGGACUGGAAAAAGUUUUGCAGGAACUGGCUGCCUCUCAAAAUGAUGGUCCUGUCUCAGAAAACUUCUGCAAGAUGCUAAAAGACUUUCUUGGUUAUGCUGAAAGUGAAGUGAGAUCUCUGGCUUCACUAUAUUCUGGAGUGGGGAGGAAUGCAGAUGCACUGGCUCUAUAUUUUGGGGAAGAUCCAGCUCGUUGCCCGUUUGAGCAAGUUGUAUCAACUUUGCUGAAUUUCGUGAGGAUGUUUCUACGGGCUCAUGAGGAAAACUGCAAGCAACUUGAACUUGAAAAGAAAAAAGCCCUCAAAGAAUCAGAGAAUGAGAAGGCAAAAUUGAGUUCUUCGUCCACAAAAGAGUCUCAAAACAAGAAUAAUGAGACAAGCGCGGCCAAGAUAUCUGAACACUUGAUUCAAACAAAGUAG